GUUUUGUAGCUCUCGACCAAGAGCCGGGUAAUCUUCGGUCUCUAGUGUCGCGCACACACGAGCUCUGUGCUUCACUGUCGCCUCCGUUGCUACAGCCAUGAUCAUUCCCGAGAAGAAUCGUCGAGAGAUCUGCAAAUACCUCUUCAAAGAGGGAGUUUGCUAUGCGAAGAAGGACUUCAAUUUGCUGAAACACCCCGAGAUUGAUGUGCCGAAUCUACAGGUGAUUAAGCUGAUGCAGAGCUUUAAGUCGAAGGAGCAUGUCCGUGAGACCUUCGCUUGGAUGCACUAUUACUGGUAUCUCACCAACGAUGGCAUCGAGUUCCUCAGAACCUACCUCAACCUCCCUUCUGAGAUCGUCCCUGCUACUUUGAAGAAACAAGCUAAGCCUGUUGGUAGACCUUUUGGCGGCCCAACUGGCGAUCGGCCAAGAGGUCCACCCAGAUUCGAAGAACGGAGAUUUGGUGACCGCGAUGGAUACCGUGGGGUUCCCCGAGGACCUGGUGGUGACUUUGGUGACAAGGGUGGAGCGCCUGUCGAUUACAGACCUUCUUUCGGGGGUUCUGGUGGGAGAUCUGGUUUUGGACGUGGUGCUGGGGGUUUCGGAGCUCCAACUAGUUUAGACCUUUCCUAAAUAUAUUGAUAUGUGCCAGAGUUUUUGGAAUUAUUAGUCAUUUGGUUAUAUAGACAAAUUGUGACUUAGUUUGGAGUUUAGAGUAGACCUCCGGAUAUUGUUUGAGCGACGUGACAUUAUUGUUUUCUUAUGAGCUAUAUUGUGCAAUGAAUAUUUUCAAUUCUCUUUUUGCUUAUC